UCCUAGACCAUUCGCGAGCAAGCACACGAAAAGCGGAGAAGAAACACAGGGACCAAAAAUGGGGAUUAAACUAUACUACACCACUGUUACCGCCUCACGGACGGUGAAGUCCCAGCAGGCCGAAGUAAUGCGCAUCCUGGACAGUAAGAGCAUCCAGUACGAGCUCAUCGACAUCUCCGUGGGCGGCGAGCUGCGCGACGAGAUGAGAAGCAAAGCAGGAAACCCUGCAGCCGUUCCUCCGCAGCUUUUCAACGAAGACAAGUAUUGUGGGGAUUAUGAGAUGUUCUCUGAGGCGGUGGAGGGAGACACGGUGGACCAAUUCCUGAAGCUGGCGUGAAGAAAGAACGUCUCUCAUCUUAACAGACCCCCGCCCCGUCUCAUCCCGUCAACCACACUGACACCACUUUCAUAUUGCCAUCAUGAAGGAUGCCAAAUAACCUGGGCACACACACACCUUCCCUUGCUACUCUCUCAACACUGCUUUCCCAUCUUUGUCCACUAGGAGCCAGCGUGGUGUCUUAAUGCAGGAAUUAGGUCGACCAAGGUGGGUUUAAAUUAAUCCACUUAAUGAUAACAUUGAACUGUCACUAUCAUCACUCUGUCUUAAUGAUUGCUUCUCCUUUGAGCCUUCACCUUCCCGUAUUGCACUUACAUACCGCGUGUUAUCAUCCUCAUGCUAGUAGCAUCUUAUAUUACAACAUUAACCUCUUUGUUGAGUGUUCCUGUUCUUUUUAUCAAGUGUUUUCAGGGAAUUUGGCAUUUUACUGUGUAAAUGUUGACAAGGCAAUGACUGAAUUUAAGCGUAAAGAUCAUCCUUGCUAACCACCUGAGAGAGGGUCCAACGGAGCAUAAUGUGUGAGGAAAAAGAAUAGUUGUCAACAACAUGGAAACAUUUCAGAUUGUCACAUUUGGUGCCAAUAUGUCGUCAGUGUAGUAACAGGCUUACCUGCCUGCUAUUUCUUUUACUAAAGCUUUGUAUUGUGGAUCGACAGGACCAAAAAGACACCAAACAACAAAGUGACAUGUAGCUUCUUCUUCUGUCCAUAAUGGGACUUUAUGCACUGAAACAACUAACAGUACCAAGUACAACAAUAUUGUGUUUUAAUGGACCUGACUCUGGGAGCACUCACCACAUGGGAACAUAAGACGGCUUCAUUCUUUAGUUUUUUUCUUUGUAUUUUCAUUAAGUUGAUUUACCUCAACAUGAUUUUUGUCUCUGCUGAUCAACGACAGCCUGUAUUCUUCACAAUGUUUGUGCAAGGUUUUGUAUCUCUCUAUGGCUGUAUCUCUGUAGUACAUGAUAACGUACCGUGAUCAAAGUCAUGUUUUUACAUAUUCCAUAUCUCUGAGCGCUAGCUUUGUGUUUGGACCAAUUCCCCUUGGCCAAAAGAAGAAGAAAAUAGGGAAUAAAAUGCUGUUGUCUUCCAAGAAGAUUGUGAUAUGUGAUUUAUGGCUUGCAAAUAAAAA